AUGUCGGUCGUGACCACUUGGUUGCUGCUUCUGGCGCCCGUGUGCACUGUGGCCAAGACAUCCAAGACCGAGUCAACUGAUGGAGAUGACUCCGUGACUGGUCAGGACGCAUCGGGACACGGUUGUCAGGCAGAAGUGUUCCUUCCUACUGAGAGCCCCCGCGCGAUGCUCUUCUUCUUCCUGGCCUUGCUGAGCUGCCUUCUGGUUCCCUGGACGGCUGCCGUGCUGUGGCACUUGCUGUUCCCAGGCCGCGCCGAGGUGGCGAAGGCCUUUCCCGAGACCAGUGAGCAGGGCUCGCACGUGCGCUACUGCCGAACACAGGCCAUGGAGGCACGGCGCGAGGCGGCGCUAAAAGAGCUGAGAUCUCGGAAGCUGUCCGGUGGUUUCUUGGGGCGGCUUGUGAUCUUGAUGCUUCUUUGGUGCUGGCUAAUCUACAUCAUCAUUCAGGUCAGACAGGUCUUGGCUACGAGUGCUUUGUAUCAGAAUUUUGACCCCUAUGAGAUCUUGGACGUCGGCAUGACCACUUCCACCUCACAGAUCAAGAAGGCUUACCACAAGCUGUCCCUCAAGUACCAUCCCGACAAGAAUAAAGAAGAAGGAGCAGCGGAGAAGUUCAUGCUGAUCAAGAAGGCCUAUGAUGCCCUUACCGACCCCGUGGCCAAGCGCAACUACCGAGCUUAUGGCAACCCCGAUGGACCUACUCGCGUCCAGCUUGACGUGGCGCUGCCCACAAUAAGCAAGGAGAAUCAAGGCUUGGUGUUGGUCCUUUUCCUGCUGUUGUUUGUCAUCGGGGUGCCCCUGAUGAUGCUCUACUGCAUGGGAUCCUCGUCGGUUGAUAACAACGGGCUUCCGCGAGAAACCAACAAGGUCCUGGCGGAAGGCUUCUCUCCGUCAUUGGACGCAAAGCAGCUGCAGGAGCUUAUUCUGAGGGCCUACGCAGCGGCGGAGAAGCCCAAGAAUGAGGAGCCGCUGGAUGAGCUCCGCCAAGAGUUGCAAGCCGCCGGUGCGAGCUUCUCAAGAGCGAAGCGCGGCGCCGAGAAUGGCGAGGCAGAAGAUGCCCUGGCUCUGCAGCGAGCAGAGACGCUUUUUUGGGGGCACAUCCUCCGGCGAACGGAUCUUCUUCGGGAGCGGGCUCGGGAAUUGGAUGGGGCGCUCAAGCAGUGGCAGGUGGCCAGCCGAUUUCUCCUGAAGGAGGCUGCGUCCCACGGCCAGGCAGAUGGCGCAAGCAGCUGCCUGGACUUCCACCGCGGUCUCGUGCAGGCCAUCGAGCCGGCGGCCGCCAGCAAACCGGGCUCCGUGCUCUCACAGAUUCCGCACUUCAGCAGCGAGCAGAUCAAGCUCUGGCAAAAGCGGCAGAAGAAGUACUCCACGCUGUCGGGAUUCGUGGAGAUGCCAUCAGAGGAGCGGCGCGCGGCCCUUGAGGCCCCCGAGCUCGGCCUCAGUCCUUCGCAGCUGGCGGACAUCGAGGAGUUUGUUGCUGUGGUGCCACGGAUGCAGAUCCAGGAUGCUCACGUCUUCGUGCACGGCGAGGACGAGAUCUGUGUCGGCGACAUUGCGACCCUGGAGAUAAAGCUUCUCCGGGCCAAUCUUAGAGAGGGGGAGGCGAUUGGUGCCGCCCAUGCGCCGCACUUCCCAGGAAAGGUCUCAGAGGCGUGGUGGUUAACCUUCCGACUUCCUGGGAAGGGCAAGAGCGGGUCCAGCGUGUGCAGCCGGAUCACCGACACCUCUCGCGAGGUCGUUGCCAACGUCCGCUUCCGCGUGCCCCUGGCGGGCAAAUGCCGGAUCAGGCUCUCCUUGGCAUGCGAAGCCUACGCUGGCUUUGAGUUCGAGAAGGAAGUGAACUACGUCGCCAAGCAGGCACAGCAGCCUGUGCACGAUGAUGAUAGCGACGUUGGCAGCGAGGAAAUUGACAUGGAUUUCGAGGACUGA